AAACCAAGACCAACUUCUUAAGAAGUUGCCUCGGCCCGUUCAAAAUCCCUGUCCAUUUUUUGUUUUUGUAAUUUUCUGCUAAGGGACCUCACCCAUUAACAGUGGGAAUGCAGAUGCAGAAUCAACCAUGAGGGCUUGAAUACGAGACGAAUUGCGGCCUACCCACCUUACGCUUUUCGCAAAAUUAAGCACAAAUCAUCCCCGUUGCCUCUCAUCCUCUUCCCUCCCAGCCAAUUUUAGGUUCUGAACCCCCACAUCUCCAAGCGAAACCAAAGAAGAUGGAAAGCAAGUUUAGUUCAGAUCAAGCGCUACAUAAGCAGCGCCGAAUGUAGAAAUUGGAAUCGCGACAGGGCAAGGGAGGCAGAUCUAAAGGUAGCUCUCCCUUCAUACUUGUAGAGGGUCUCACUGAGAGAGGUUAAGAGAGAGUUAGAUGGCUCCCAUAUUCGAGUACUUUGUGGUCUGUGGCAUUGGCCCGGAAAUUCGAACGCUGGACGGGAGCAGAGGUUUCCAUGGAACUGGAGUUAUGUACUUGCCUUCUCUUCUUGAUCAGUACCCACCUCCCAAUCACUCGCUAAACCCUCCGCCGCCUCCGCAGCUACCCACCUGUGUUCUACCAGCUGGUGUGGAGUUUUAUUCAUCAGGUUUUGAUUCCAAUGAUGCCUCAACUUUUCCUAGGAGCUAUCCUAUUGUUUUGACUGAGGGCGAUGGUUCUAAAAUUUAUGUUAGUUGCAUUGCUUUUCGGGAUCCAGUCAGUGAGGAUAUAGCAGAAGCAUAUCGUAUUCCUGCAAAUUCCUUUGCUGACAAAUGUAUCUGUCUUGUUUCUCGCUCACCCAGCUUCCGUGUCCUUCGAAAUGCAUUGGAGGAACUAUUUAUACUUUGCUUUUCUCCUGUUGGAAGCAGCAAGCCAUUAUGGGAUGUUAUAGCACAUAUGGUUUCGAAUGUACCACUGCCUACUCCUGGUAAGGAUCGGGUCCUCUUUGCAAUUGAGAGCUGCCUGCUUUCUGUUGAGGCUCCACCAAAGGACGGGCUUCCCCAUGCUGAUAUAUCCUUUCAGCCGUUGGUACAGUGCUUGGAUGUUGAUAACUUAAUUAAACUGUUUACGGCUGUGUUGCUUGAAAGGAGGAUAUUGCUCCGAUCAAAUAAGUACUCAAUUCUAACUCUUGUAUCAGAGGCCAUUUGCCAUUUGAUUUAUCCAUUUCGAUGGCAGCAUGUCUACAUUCCAUUGCUAUUUUUCAGUGGAGUAGACUAUAUUGAUGCUCCUACGCCAUAUAUGAUGGGUCUCCAUUCAGAUGUUGAUACGUCAAAUCUUGUAAUGGAUGGUGUGGUUGUGGUUGAUCUUGAGUAUAACUGUAUCACCUCGUCAGAAGAAAUACCUCCCAUACCAGAGCCAGAAUUAGGUUCUUUACGUACUGAAAUAAUGAAGUUAUUGUAUCCCAAUGUUGUUGGGAUAGACCAGAUGAAGGUUAAUCUUGCUAAUUCAAGUGAUCAAUAUCCAAGAGGCAGCAGCAGGCCAUGGGGAGAGGAUCAUGACCUUCAACUUAGGUUGAUAUUCCUGAAGUUUUUUGCAUCAAUUUUAGGUGGCUACCGCAAUUUUAUUGAAAAUUCUGCUGCUCAAGCCUUCAAUAAUCAAGCCUUUCUAAAGAAGCGUGCUCGGUCCACCAAUCAACCACCAGAACCCAUGAUAGCGCAGUUUUUAGACUCUCAUGGUUUCCUGGAUUAUCUUGAGAGAGGCAUAGGGUCUGAUGAAAAUAAUAAAAAUCUUGUUGACAAGUUGCAAGAUGCUCUUGGAAGAGGACAAAAUCCUAUGUCAAUUUUUCCCUCAUCAUUGCAGGAGCUUGAGAUUAUAACUAUAUCUGACCCUGGUGUCGGGAUAUCAGGUUCAGGUGCCAAAUACACUUAUGACAGGUUUCCCUCAGACAUUAGAACCGAAGAACAAGAAGAGAAGAGGAGGCAGAUUCUUGUAGCUGCAAGUGGAGCUCUGGAGUAUUCUGGAAAGCAUACUCCUGGUUCACCUUCUGUGCUAGUGGGCAAAGACUCGAAAGCAGAAACUCUCAGCCCAAUGGAGAGAGCUGCAGAACGAGAGCGUAUGGUGUUGGACAUAAAAGUGAAAUUGCAGGGAUUGUGGCUGCGGCUAUUGAAAUUAGGAGCAACUGAUGAUCCUCUUUCAUCAUUUGAAUAUGGCACAAUCCUUGCGUUGAUUGAGUCUGACGCGGAGGGGAUUGGCGGUAGUGGGUUUGUUGAGUGCAUAAGGGAGCACAUACAUUCAGGAUGGCUCUGUCACUUGACUGAAGAGCAGUUUAUUGCAGUGAAGGAACUGCUCAAAACUGCAAUCAGUCGUGCAACAUCUCGAAAUGACAUGCCUACCAUCAGAGAUGCGCUUGAAGUGUCUGCUGAAAUGUUUAAGAAGGAUGUUAAUAAUGUUCCAGACUAUGUCCAGCGCCAUCUUCUUUCUAUAUCCAUUUGGGAGGAGCUAAGAUUUUGGGAAGGAUACUUUGAGUAUCUAAUGGAAAGGUCCUCAAGCAAGUCAGCUAAUUUUGCAACUCUGGUGACAACUCACCUAGUCAUUUUGGCAUCACAUAUGGCUGGGUUGGGACUUUCUGACACUGAUGCUUGGUACAUGAUUGAGACAAUAGCAGAGAAGAACAACGUUGGCUACAAGCAGUUUAUAAAACUCAGAGGUUUUCUGUCACAUAUCCAGCAAUUACGUAUUGGUUACUGGGGAAUUUCUUCUGUAAAAUCCACUCAGUCCAUGUCAUCCUUUGGAUUGCCAUCUCCACGUUCACAAGAUGUUGCAAAUGAGAGUCAGCAACCUGCUGAGGCUUCUGGUGUUGGAAGGAGCUGGGUACAGAGCAUGUUUAGCAGGGAUACAUCAUCAAGAACAAAUUCUUUUAGUCGUGUUCGUAGAUGGACUUCUGACAGUGGCAAUUUAGCUGCAAAUGAGAAUGGGACUCCUCGCAAACAAGACUUACUGGCUUCUGGUCAGAAAAAAAUUCAAACCAGUGUUCGCAUACUUAGGGCUCAUAGUGGUGCUGUUACUGCUCUACACUGUGUAACAAGAAGAGAGGUGUGGGAUCUGGUUGGUGACCGUGAAGAUGCGGGCUUUUUCAUCAGUGGAAGCACAGACUGCUUGGUUAAGAUUUGGGAUCCUAGUCUCCGUGGUUCUGAACUUAGAGCAACCUUGAAAGGGCACACAAAAACUGUGCGUGCAAUAAGUUCUGAUCGAGGAAAGGUAGUGUCAGGAUCAGAUGAUCAGUCUGUCAUAGUCUGGGAUAAGCAGACAUCUCAAUUUCUAGAAGAGCUUAAGGGCCAUGAUGCACAGGUCAGCUGUGUGCGCAUGUUAUCUGGUGAACGUGUCCUUACUGCUGCACAUGAUGGAACUGUCAAGAUGUGGGAUGUGAGAACUGAUACUUGUGUGGCCACUGUUGGUCGUUGCUCAAGUGCUGUUCUUUGCAUGGAAUAUGAUGACUCCACAGGAAUCUUGGCUGCUGGUGGUAGAGAUGCUGUUGCAAACAUUUGGGACAUCCGUGCUGGUCGGCAGAUGCACAAACUUUUAGGGCACACAAAAUGGAUCCGGUCAAUACGAAUGGUUGGAGACACUGUGAUUACUGGUAGCGAUGAUUGGACAGCGAGAAUGUGGUCUGUUUCUCGAGGAACAUGUGAUGCUGUUUUAGCCUGCCAUGAUGGUCCAGUUCUAUGUGUUGAAUAUUCAAUCUCUGACAGAGGAAUAAUAACAGGUUCGACAAACGGGCUACUCAGGUUCUGGGAAAAUGAGGAGGGUGGUAUAAGAUGCGUAAAGAAUGUUACUAUUCAUACUGCUUCUAUAUUAUCAGUCAAUGCUGGGGAACACUGGUUAGGAAUUGGAGCAGCAGAUAAUUCUAUGUCACUCUUUCAUCGGCCUCAAGAGAGGUUAGGUGGACACUCUAGUGCUGGAUCAAAGAUGGCUGGAUGGCAACUCUAUAGAACGCCACAGAGAACAGUUGCUUUGGUGCGAUGUGUUGUGUCAGACCUUGAAAGGAAAAGGAUAUGCAGUGGUGGCCGUAAUGGACUUCUUAGGCUGUGGGAAGCCACCAUAAACAUCUAAGUUUCUGCUGUAUCUGUAUGUAUUUAGUGGUGUUAAGUUUUCCCAUGCUAGCAAAGGAGGAAAUGUAUUUGAUUCACUUAUCUUUUUUCAAAGACUAUUUUGUUGUGUUUGUUGCGUUUGUAGCAUUUUCUGCAGUGGUGGCUUGAAACUGCAGAGUUUUGCCUUGGUUGUUUCCCCCUCCUCUUUCUACCUUAUAAACUUGUGCCCAUGAUUUUGUAUUUGGAGAAGGUCAUGAUUAAAAAUUUUCUACGAAUGGUAAUUUGUCAA